GCUUGUCUAUUUUUUUUAUCCGUUUCAAGAUCUUUUUGUCCUUGCCUGUCCUCCUCCAAUUCCCGAUAUUCCUUUUGCUGUCGUAUUAUUCCCCCCCUUUUCUCCUUCACAAAAGCUAGAUCUGCGCUUUUGAAAUACUGAUUUUCGCUUCACGGAAGAAGGGUUUAAAAGAGACGUGAGAAAGAAUCUUCGCCUGGGCGCAAACGAAGCCCCAGAUCGCGGGGCACAUCCUACAUCAGCAUUUUCCCUUUUUCUUUUUCCUUAUCUUCACCCCACCAAAUCCACGCUGAGGUGCAAAAGACCGCCACAAUGGUAGAGAAGGUCUAUGUCACAUAUAACCAGGUAUGUCAAGAGGGAGAAGAGGUAGAAGAGAGACGAGAGAAAAAUGAAGAGAGAGGAGAGGAGGCGGGUGGAUGAGAUAGCCACACUGGAGAGUUGGGGGAGCGGAUACAUUGAAACACUGAGAACCCCACGACCUCAGCGGUGCACAAGCUGUGUCAAGCUUCGGCAGACCGCAUCCUCAAUGACUUCAGACCAAACCUUAUGAUCGCCAUCGGCGGUGGGGGAUAUAUUCCAGCCAGAAUGCUGAGAUCCUUCCUCAAACAGCCCGGCGGCGGAAACAUCCCCAUCCAAGCCAUCGGCCUCUCGCUGUACGAGAAUUUAGGCAAAGACGACCAGAUCGAGGAGCUCGGCACAAAAGUUACGCGCACACAAUGGCUCGACCUUAGCUCGUUGGAAAUGGCCAAUCUGAUCGGGAAGAACGUGCUCAUUGUCGACGAGGUCGAUGACACGCGGACGACGCUGGAGUACGCCGUGCGCGAGUUGCAGAAGGAUGUACAGUUGGCUCAGCAGCAAUUGGGGAGGGAGGGCGAGAAAACUACCUUCUCUGUGUUUGUGUUGCAUAACAAAAACAAAGAUAAGAAGGGCAAACUCCCCACUGAUAUGAUGGAAAGUGGCCGAUAUCUCGCCGCCGUCACCACCGGUGACGUCUGGAUUUGCUAUCCAUGGGAAGCCAAAGAUAUCGACGAACACGAUCAGCUGGCGGCUCAACAUCCAUUAGCGUGAUUUCUUCCAGUCUUUCUUUCUUUUUCUUUUUCUUUUCUUUUCUUGUCUUUUCUCUCUCUCUCUUUUUUUUUUAAGUAGUAACUAAUUAUUCCCUAUAAUGAAUUUAUACAAAAGAAGUUCAUAAAAUGUUACGGUGAUGUUUUGUCUGGUUCCUAGUUUUUUGUUUCUUCCCCCGCCCCCCUCUUUCCCCCCCCUGGUUAUUCUAGUCCCACCUUUACUACACACGUCAUUUUACGAUUUCUUUUUCUUUCUUAGAUUCCCAUGGCAUGGCAAGAGAAACACACAAAGACUGCCCAAAAUGACAAGUAGCUUGAGUGACGAUAUGGAAACAUCCUAAUGAAUACGUGCAUCACACAUUACCUCGUCUCCAAUUAAAACUGUCAUCUCGAUGCGGUCUUGUAGUAUUUCGUACUCGAUUAAAUAAUGAUCACUUCUGACGAGGCGGAUAACAUGAUAUCAUGUUCAUCCUUGGUGGUUAUUGUCAAUGCUAAAAAAAAAGCCUCGCGGGACAGUUCCGAAUCCUCUUCUCUGUCAUAUGUGUAUUUAUUAAUUUCAUAUACUAUAAUAAUAAAAAAGAAAAGCAAACAUAGA